ACACGUCAUAAAAUGCCUCAGGAAAUUGUUCCUGCCGUAUAAAUUGAUUGUUUUUCUGGCAAUUAGCAACGCACAGUUGGAAAUAGAAAUCAAGAAAAGUCGCAACAUGAAUCCCUUAACCGUUUUUCUUCUGUGUCUUUUUGGAGUAUACUCAGGUUGCAAUGGUCAACAAGAAGACCCUUGUCUAGCUCUGUACACAGAUGGAAUGAGAAAAUGUUUCAGUGAUAUCACAGGGUUGCCAUCCGAUGACGUCAAAGAUGUUCUUAUGGAUGAACAACAGAACGCUGGCACUAUCAAAACUAUCUGCAGUAAAGACGCCAAGAUGAUAGAGUGUAUUGAAACUAUGACGGCAGAUACAUCUAAAAGCAGUGUCUGUGGAGAACAGAACGGUUUAAUGAAAAUAGCCAUGAUCACCACGAGCCUCAAGUACAAGGUGGAUACUCUGUGUGGACCAGGGACACCGCCCCAGACAGUUAGCCAUUAAAUCAUGUACAACACAAGUAAGCAUAAAGGAAGAAGUUACCUGCAGCAUAAUUCUGAACGAUAUCGAUCGAAUACAUCAUUCUUAUUCUUCAAUAACUUUUUAAUAUAUUGCAGAUUGAACUUUAUGGAAAAAUGAUUUGGAGAAAAGUGAUCAAUUGUGCUAUAGACGUGACUAUUGGUGAUCAUAUAUUUUGAUAAUGUUGCUUUGAAUAAACAAGAGAACUGAUA